CCUAAACUGAGGCAGAACCGAAGGGGAAUGAAUCUAAGUGCAUGAAGCCAGCAGCCCGGGUGGGAAGGCACUUCCAGUUGCGGGGGGAAAUGAACACUGCACAGGCCAGCGACAGGCUUCAGAGCAGCCCUGGGAAGGAGGCCGGUGGUCAAGGGGCGAGCAGGGGCCACACACGAGAGCAAGUUCCGUGCUCAGCAGCCCACGCCGGACUCUCCCCCCGAGAGGCGCUCAGCCCCCGGCCCCGGCGCCCGGCAGGCCGCCUCCAGGAGCCCCCGCAGACGCCAUAGUCAGAGCCAAAAUGGCUGCCCCGAGGAAGCUCGCAUCGCGCAGCUAGCGAGGACUGGGGAACCCAGCUUCUGCGGGGCCGGGGGAGGAGGACUCCCGGAAGAACCGUGGCUAGGACCGGCGCCACCCCCCGAGCCGCACAGAUGCCUUCAGCUACUAUUUUCAAGACUUGCACCCUAAUGAGUAUCAAUUCAACACGUCCUUGUAUGUCAUCCUUGAUCUUGAAGUCAGUGGGAAGGAAUGCUGUGCUUGUGAGGUUCUAAUUAUAGCCACCCUUGCCAUAACUUUUGAUUUAUAUUUGGAAAAAUACUGUCCAGAAAAAAAUGAUAAAAUUCUUCCUCAUGGUGAAUAAACAAGGGCAGACCCGGCUGUCUAAGUACUAUGAGCACGUGGAUAUUAAUAAGCGCACAAUUCUGGAAACAGAAGUCAUCAAGAGCUGUCUCUCUCGAUCCAGUGAACAAUGCUCUUUCGUUGAAUAUAAGGAUUUUAAGCUGAUAUAUCGGCAGUACGCAGCUCUCUUCAUCGUGGUUGGAGUUAAUGACACCGAGAAUGAGAUGGCAAUUUAUGAAUUCAUCCAUAACUUUGUGGAAGUUUUAGAUGAGUACUUCAGCCGAGUGAGUGAAUUAGACAUAAUGUUUAAUUUGGAUAAAGUACACAUCAUUUUGGAUGAGAUGCUGUUAAAUGGCUGCAUUGUAGAAACGAAUCGGGCAAGAAUUCUUGCCCCUCUACUAAUUCUUGAUAAGAUGUCAGAAAGCUGAAUAACGGAAGGCUCUGCCAGGAAUCGUCGACACAAGAAACGAGAGCGUGGAAUACCUCCUAGCAUUUGUAGCCCAAAGAAUCUGAAGAGCACACUGCAAAAUGGGGCAUCUUUCCAAAGACAUUUUAAAUAGGUGUCUUUCAGUUCAUAAAUGGAAAACAAAACUGUAUUUUAAAAUAUGAUGUACAAAGAAAAAUUUUCUGAGAGAUGUUUUAUUUUCUAACCAUAAACAUUUCCCCCCACUUGUUUAAGUUUUAUUAAAUAAAAUGUGUUUUCUCCUUCCCUUUGCAAAUUAAAUUCAGGAAUAGCACCAUGAGGUGGGAAGUGUGGCAGCUCUUUAUCAGCCAAUAAAAAUGUAGAACUGGCAAACACACAUAGCACUGUGUCUUCUGAAUAUAACUAACUACUAUGCUGUACUGAAAGUGCUGUAAUUGAUAUAUGAAAAUUUUUAAAAAGUCAAAAUUUUAGGGGUGUGGGUAAAAAAAAAAAAAAGUCAAAUUUUACUAUGUUGUGUGUCUAAUGAAAACAUCAGGAUUAAAUUUAAUUUGCCAGUUUCUAAAAGUGUGCGAUCCAUUUUAUGGGCACUUGGCAAUUACAAUGCCAUCAUGUAAUUAACUAGAGUAUGUUACUACCAAUACUACUAGUAAAUGGUUAAACACUGAAAGAGUCCUUACUUCUUGGCACACCAUGGCCCCUGGGCACCCAGCAUGCACUGCCCUGCUGCCCAGGAGGAAGCUCAGCUCUGCCAAGAGAGCAACAAAGGAGGAGCUCAAAGGGAGAUUGGAGAGGUUGUCGGCUAAACCUGCUUCUGCAAAAGUGGAAACGAAGCCCAAAAAAGCAGCAAGAAAGGGUAAAUCUGCAGACAAAACAGUGCGUAUCAAAAGGGAAAGGGAAGUAAAAGGGAAACAGGCCAAGUGACUAACCUACAGAUCUACCUGCGGAAAACAGAGUAAAAAUGAGGCAAGUCCCGCCUCAGAUGAAGCAGGAGAAAAAGAAGCCAAGAAUGAUGAACACCAUCAUAUGCCAUGUCUUAACAGUGGUCACUGUCUCCCUUCUUAUACAUUAAAGAGGAAUGUUUUUGUCAACUAUUCUGUAAAUGCACAUUUUUUUAGUAGCCAUAGAAACAUUGAUAGAGGGAAGUCCACCUCAUCUCAUUUUGUGUGUGUGUGUGUGUAAAUGCUUACUUUUAAGAGGUGAAAUCAUUUGCUGGCUUAUUUUUUGGUACAACCAGGAAAUAGUGGGAUACUGAAUACAGACUUUGAUUGUCUUGGGUGCCAGCUUAACAUUCCAUAAACAGGGAUAGUUUUUAUAUAUCUUAACAGUACAACGCAUACCAAGUGGCAAUUUGGAGUCAGUUGCGCAUUUUCUAAGUCUUGAACAUUUUAAAUUACUUCUAUUCCCAUAUUGGUAGAAUUGUUUCCUAAAUUAAACUCCUUGAUCUUGGCUCUCCCUGUCAGAAUUUUGUGCAUCUGUAACAUCUUUGGUGUGAUAGUCCAGUUUUACUAGUAACUUUGUUAAUGUGCUGUGAAAGAUCAAAAUUUUGAUAUAGUAUAUAUAUUAAAUUGUGAAUUAGUGGGACUUUGAUGUAACAGCGUAUCUACAUUUGAAGAUAUUGGUAAUUGAUACUCUAUUAAGGAAAAUUAACCUCCAAUUUUUAAACUGGAAAGUCACUGGAAUAACUGUUUAUAAAUGAAUCACAACUACAAGACUUCAUUCUUGGUACAUAUGUUAAGAAUUGUGUACAAAUUGAAAUGGCUGUGUACUUUUCCUCAAAACAACCAAUUAAAUCUGAAUUAUGAAAGAAAAAAGAGAGCCCUUACAACUAUCCUUUAUGCCAUAUUAUAAAGGUUUUGUCUUAAGUGGUAAAUGAAGUUUACUUUAAUUCAAAGUUUAAAAAUAGAAUUCAAAGGGUAUCUCUGUUCACGUUGGCUUGAAAGGAAUCUUUCCCCCCCCCUCCCCCCCUUAUUCCUUCAACCCCUUCUCCUGGAAUGUCUGGAAAACUGCUAUGUUGCUAUAAAAGAGCAGUGCUCUAAUCCCGAGGCCCCAACCUUUCUAGAUACUUUUGCUGCUCAGUUAACAGCAGAACAUACAGAAUUGUCUUAGGUAAACACACACACACACACACACACACACACACACACACACACACCCAAAACAUGUUUAUGUGUAUGUAGGGGUGAGGGUAGGUGCAAUGGAAGAAAAAGGAAUAUAGGUAUAUUAAGAUAUAAUAACCAUUGGAAUUCCAAGAGCUCUUUCAUCUACAAUACUUUCCUGCAAAAGAACAUAAAUGGACAUUCUGCACAAAGAAUUUAUUCAGUACAGUUUGAUGUUUCCUCUCCUGUGUGUGUGGAGGAGGGGAUUUUGUUUAAAUUCGAGAUCUGUUUAUGUAUUUCGAAGUUUACAUCUGUAAAGACCCAUGCAUCGAGUCAAUAAUAGGCCCCCAAAGUAAACCUGAGUUGUUCUGGGCUCAUUCAGGAAGCAGAGAAACACUUCUGACCUCCUGGACCAGUGAGUGGUACUUUGCAUUAAGUAGUCAAGGUCUGGGAAAGCCCAGCCUAGAUCAAAGUGCUAUAGAGGAUUUUUGGAGACAUUAUUAGUUGGGAAACACUGUCCUAGUUGGUAGGCACUUAAAUCAGUAGCACACUGAGGUAACUGUUGAAACUGGUACAUCAGAAGUAACUAGGGAGUGAACAAAAUUAAUUUUUGGGUCACACCAAAAUAGCACUUGAAUAACAUCUUGGCACAGAUUUUAGUACCUUUAGAGAAUAACAAUUUAAAAAAAUAUAACAGGCAGAUACUAUAGGAAAAAAUACUCAAAUACCUAGAAUAUGUGGAGACCCCAGGAGAUGCCACAUAGCACUUGACUCAUGAAAGUGAACUGAAAUGUGACUUCUUACAGGUUGUGUUAUCUCACUUCAGAUUAACUGCUGAACUGUACCAGCUUUAAGUGAUUUCACACUCAUGAAAUUUAUGUCUCUGAUUGGUCAGCUUUACUUUGUUCUUUGACUUUUCUUUCUGCAGGAAGACUUGACAUUUCGAAGUUACUAAUUUUAUAAGACUCAUCUAUUUUACCUGCUCUGCAAACUUUUCUAUAAACAGCCAGAUAGUAAAUAUUUUAGGCUUUCUCACACAUAUGGUCUCUGUUGUACCAUUGUGGCACAUAAAUGAAUAAGCAUGGCUGUGUCCCAAUAAAAGUUUACUUGUGGA